GCAGGCCGAUAAGGAUGCUCACCUCUCCCAUAUCGCAGUUCACAGUCGCGCGCAUCUUGAAGGGUCCAAAUGACAGGCCUUGAACACAGUAACCAGAACGCGGCCUAGAGAGCAAUUGUUGGCGGAGGGUCAGCAGGAGAGGUCUCCUGGACGGGCACGGUGUCCAUUGGUUGUUCACUUAAGCGUUCCCGUGCGUAUCUCUGCUCCCAUAGACGCUUCUCUCAAGGGCUUCGGGUUAGCCUCCCCUCGAUAGGAUGAACGUGAACCGUGGUUUCACGUUCCUUAUAUGUGCACUCACAUGAGGACGAUGCAGAGAUAAUGCCGUUCGCCUGAUAGCCUGACCUCCUAUCAUUCAGUAGCAGCAUCAUGGAGUGCGUCGGUACACCUAUAAGCUGCGAGCCUGUGUACACGGAAGGCGGAACCCUAGCGCGCAUCUGACUCGCAGUCGCGCACGAUGGCCGCGUCGUUCCAGCAGCAGAAGCUACUCGUCGCCAACCGUGGCGAAAUAGCCGUGCGCAUCCUCCGCACGGCGAGACGCCUCCAUAUACCGACGGUCGCCAUCUAUACUCGCACGGACGCGACUUCGCCCCAUGUCCUGCUCGCCGACGAGGCAGUCGCGUUGCGCCCGGACGACCACGACCCUGUCUCCAACUCGCGGGGCUACCUGGACGCGGAAGCCAUCGUGGACAUUUGCGAAGAGCGUGGUGUGACGCUAGUGCACCCUGGGUAUGGUUUCCUCUCUGAGAACACUCAGUUCGCGAGCUUGCUUCGCGAUGCGGGGGUCACUUUCCUUGGUCCUCGACCGGAGACGAUCCAAACCAUGGGCCUGAAGCACGAAGCGAAGGCUCUCGCGAUUGAGGUGUAUGUACCCUUGGUCCCCGGGUCUGACGGGCUGCUGGAGAGCGAAGACGAAGCAGUAAAGGUUGCCAACAAGAUUGGCUAUCCUAUUAUGUUGAAAUCAACGGCCGGGGGUGGAGGCAUGGGCUUGGUCAUCUGCCGUAAUGCAGAAGAAUUGCGAACGAGGUUUCAUUCGACGCAAGAACGUGCUACUUCGUUAUUUAAGAACGGUGGCGUGUUCCUGGAACGGUACUACCCUCAUGCACGGCACGUUGAGAUUCAGGUCUUCGGCAAUGGUCUCGGUCAUGCCAUACACCUAGGCGAACGAGAAUGUAGUGUACAACGCAGGCACCAGAAGGUCAUCGAGGAGACUCCGAGCCCAUUCAUGGUGAAGCAUCCUGAUGUCUUCGAGAAGAUGAGUGCUGCUGCGUUGCGUCUCUGUCAACGCAUCAAGUAUGCAUCUGCCGGUACUGUCGAGUUCCUCGUGGAUGACGACUCCCAAGAAAUGUUCUUCCUGGAGAUGAAUACCCGCCUUCAGGUCGAGCAUCCCGUAACGGAAGCGACAAACCCUGGUCUUGACAUCGUCGAGCUCAUGAUCCGGCAAGGUAUAGCGGAGCGGGAGACACGCGAUGGAGGUCUCUUCCCAGAUAAGCUCGAGCAAGAACCGUUCUCCGUCCCUCCGGACCAGCGGAACCUUCACGCCAUCGAGGCGCGAGUGUACUGCGAGAACCCUGUUGCGCAGUUCAAGCCAAGUCCUGGCGUGUUGCAGCACGUAGAGUUCAUGAAAGCGGAGUGGCUCCGGAUUGAGAGCUGGAUUGAGACUGGCACUACCGUCACGCCUUACUUUGACCCGCUAGUCUGCAAACUCGUUGUCACGGCACCGACGCGAGAGGAGGCCAUUGCGCGGAUGCAACAAGCUCUCUCAGAGAGCAAGGUCUUCGGGCCUCCGAACAACAUGGCCUACCUCAAGGCGAUUUGUGAGUCGGACGUCUUCAAGGCGGGAAAUGCCAUGACGACCUUCCUCGACACUUUUGCCUUCACGCCCAGGGCCAUGGACGUACUGAGCGGAGGCCUCGAAACAUCCGUCCAGGACUACCCCGGCCGCCGCAUAGGCAUGGGCAUCCCUCGCGGCGGGCCAAUGGACCCACUCGCCUUCCGCGCCGCCAACAUGCUUGUGAAGAACGACCCGGGCACAGAAGCACUCGAAAUCACACUCGUAGGGUGCCGCCUCCUCUUCCACGUCCCGGCGGUCAUCGCCGUCACCGGAGCCGCCACGAAGGUGACUGUCAACGGGGAAGACGUCGAGAUGUGGAGGAGCGUUGUCGUACCGGCAGGCGCAAAAGUUUCUGUUGGGACUAUCAAGGGAACGGGAUUCAGGGCGUACCUCGCUGUGAGGGGUGGAUUUCCGGAGAUCCCGGAGCACCUCGGCUCGAAGUCUACGUCCAUCGGAUUGGGUGGCUACCAGGGACGUGCACUACACGCAGGCGAUACGAUUGCUCUCGGGGCUUGCUCACCGCUCGAAGACGAACAGAUGUUAGCUCUCCCGUCCACACUGAUCCCCGUCUACCCCGCCGAUUGGGUUGUCUACUGCCUCUCCGGACCCCACUCAGACGAGGAGUUUGUCACUGCCGAAGGGGUACGAGAGUUCUUCAGCACCCGCUGGAAAGUGAGCGCGUCAAGCAACCGCAUGGGUAUCCGUCUCGAAGGCCCGCCUUUGAAGUGGGCCAGGGAGACUGGCGGUGAAGGCGGUUCGCACCCGAGCAAUGUGCUUGACAACGGGUAUGCGUUCGGGACGAUCAACGUCAAUGGUGAUACUCCUGUGCUGUUGACGAAUGACGGACCGGAUAUGGGCGGAUACAUGUGCUUCUGCACUGUCGCGACUGAAGACCUAUGGAAAGUCGGCCAGCUCCGCCCUGGUUCGACCAUCCAGUUCCAUCGCAUCUCAGUAGAGCAGGCAAUGGAACUCGCCACGGUGCGACAGCGGUACUUCGCUGGGCUCGAGGACGUCAUAUCGUCCAAGGAAUCUACCCCCGGCGUACCCCCACCCGCCAUCUUCUCCCAGACCUUUACCGACCUGUCUCAAGACCCAAAGAUCCAUGUCGUAGAGCCUGCCGUUGGCAGUGUGCGUCCAAGAGUCAUAUUCCGGCAGGCAGGUGACUCUGCCAUACUGGUCGAGUACGGGGAGAUGAAGCUGGACUUCAACCUACGUGCGAGGAUCCAUGCGCUCGAAGGUAAGAUACGACAAAGAGACGUGAAGGGUAUAUGGUCGUUGGCUCCUUGCAUUCGGUCGACAAUGGUACACUACGAUCCGUCCGCCAUCUCGCAAUCCGACCUUUUAGCUAUCCUCGUCGAUGCUGAGACCUCUCUCCCGGAUACACUGGCGGACACGGUGUUCCCAGCACGCAGGAUCACCUUCCCCAUCGUUCUUGACGAUCGCUGGAGCAAGGAAGCACUAGAGAAAUACAUGCGCUCGACACGAGCAGAGGCGGCCUAUCUGCCCAGCAACAUCGAGUACCUCGCAAACAACAACGGUUUGGAGGGAGGCGGAGAAGAGGCCUUGCGACUGUUGGUCAAGUCGGAGUAUCUUGUCUUUGCCGUUGGGUUCUACAUGGCAUGUCCGUUCCUCGUCCCUAUCGAUCCGCGAUGCAGGCUAGUUGGACAGAAGAUGAACCCUUCGCGGACAUAUACUCCACGAGGCGCCGUCGGCAUAGCUGGUCUGGUUGCUGCGAUAUAUCCCAUCGAAUCGCCAGGAGGUUACCAACUGUACGGACGCACGCUUCCGCCUUGGCAAACGUGGGGAAAGGGGAGGGACUUUGGGCCUGACCAGCCAUGGCUCCUGCAACCGUUCGAUCAGGUUGUCCUCGAACCAGUGACGGAGGCGCAAUACAUAGAGGCAGAGACCCAGUUUGACGCGGGCCGUUAUGUCUUCAAGAUCGAAGAACGCAACUUCUCCAUGGCAGAGUACAACAAAUUCGUAGCGGGCAUCGCCGAUGAGGUGAGGCUGUUUAAGGAGAGCCAAGCGCUCGGGGUCAAGUCUGAGGAAGCUAGGGAACGCGAGCUCUUCAGCAAGUGGCUCGCACAAAAGCAAGAGGCGCUGAAAGAGGCUGAGACAGGGGAUGAUUCCACUGAAGUCGACGAAACGGCGGAAUCAGUGGUCUCUUCCUUGACUGCAUCUGUGUGGAAAAUCAAGUGCAAGCCGGGGGAUGUCAUCAAGUCCAGCGAAGAUGUGCUUAUCAUCCUCGAGGCCAUGAAGACAGAGGUUAACGUUGAGGCUGGCGAGGAGAAUGUGGGACGCGCAGUGGUCGGAUUCGGGAAAGGCAUCAAGGAAGGAGCGGCAGUAGGGUCCGGGGAUGUACUAGUAAUGCUCAAAUGA